GUAAGUACUCGUGUUUAACGCAUCGAAAACGCGCGGAAUAGAUUUUAUGAAAUUUACGGAUACACUACUGCUGUGAUGUUCAAGAGCGUUUAAUGAGACGAGAAACGCGGCGGACUAUGAUUAACUUCUACAGUUUGAGUUCCUUCAAUGGAAGACUCAACGUAAUCAUCUAGUAAAUCAUAAUCCUCAUGGGUUUCUCUAUAGACCUUCAAUAUUAAUGUGGACAAAAGCAGCAGAGCAUCUAGAUUGUGGAUCAGAGCUUCAGUAGAGGUGGGCAGCGGUCGGAGGAGAACUUGCAGCGGGUAAUGCCGGGAGGAGACGGCUUUCCCGAUGGAGAAGAGGAGAACUCUUCUCCAGACGCCAGCAAAUGUGGUGGGCAGACAGACCAAACUAACAGCGGCCAGGACCCCGGGACCAGCGGAACAGGGUCUGGAUCUGGGUCCGGAUCGGGUUCAGGCGAGGAGGAGGAAUCCGAGGAGCAGCGAGGAAGGACCAGCAGAGGGGAGAGCUCAGCGGGGUGUGAGGAGAGCGGAGGAGAGCAGAUGCACGAGGAUGUGGACAUGAACAGCGGUCAUGACUCCAGCAGCGGAAACGACAGCGUCGGUCGCUCACGACAUCAUCAUUCCUCGGCCAAUUGCAGCCCUGGAAGCACCACGGGAUCUGGAAGCACCAAGAGCUCAAAAUCUGCCACUGGUUCCUCAUCGUCCAGCUUUCGCAGCGCUCAUCACACGGAGUGCAGUGAACAGACAGAGCACGGCCGUGAGCAGACGCACCGAGAGAUGAUGCAGACGGUGCAGGAGAUGAAGAAGCGGCUGCCGUCUGAGAAGAAAAGCCGCAGUAAAGCCAGUACUGUGGAAGCACUGAACUACGCACUGAACUGUGUCAAACAAGUACAAGCAAACAGCGAGUACUACAACUUACUGAUGAGCAGCGGACUGGAGGAGAGACGGGACGCUACCGUGUGCACGCUGGAGGAGCUGGAGGGAAUCACAUCGGAACACACGUUGAAAAACACAGACACGUUUGUGGUGGUCUUCUCUCUGGCCUCCGGGAAAGUGGUUUACGCGUCGGAACAGGCCUCCAGCGUGCUUCACUGCAAGAGGAAGUUUCUAGAAUCUGCCAAGUUCGUGGAGCUGCUGUACCAUCAGGACGUCAAUGUGUUUUACUCGCACACGGCGCAGCCGCGACUGCCACCUUGGAACGUGGGCACAGACAGCGCGGCAGUUCUGUUCGAAUGUGCCCAGGUCAAGUCCUUCUUCUGUCGAAUCAGAGGAGGGAAGGAUAGAGAUGGAGAAAUGCGUUAUAGCCCUUUCCGGAUCACUCCGUACCUGCUGAAGGUUCAAGGAUUGAGCGCAGAGGAGGAGCCGUGCUGUUUGGCCCUCGCCGAACGCAUCAUCUCAGGAUAUGAGGCUCCUCGGAUUCCCAUGGACAAACGCAUAUUCAGCACAACUCAUUCACCAGGCUGUGUCUUUUUAGAAGUGGAUGACCGUGCGGUGCCUUUGCUCGGCUACCUCCCUCAGGACCUGAUCGGUACCUCAGUUCUGACCUGCCUGCAUCCAGACGACCGCCUGCUCAUGUUGGCCAUGCACCGCAAAAUUCUGAAGUACGCGGGCCAGCCUCCGUUCGAACACUCGCCCAUCCGGUUUCGGUGUCAGAACGGCGACUACGUCACCCUGGACUCCAGCUGGUCCAGCUUCAUCAACCCUUGGAGCCGUAAGGUGGCCUUCAUCAUCGGCCGGCACAAAGUUCGCACUGGACCUCUGAAUGAGGACGUGUUUGCUGCACGGAGUAAAGCCGAGCAGCCGGUCAUGUGCGAGGACGUUAAAGAGCUGCAAGCUAUGAUUUACAAGCUCUUCCUACAGCCUGUUCAUAAUAAUGGAUCCAGCGGCUAUGGCAGUCUGGGUAGUAAUGGCUCUCACGAGCACUACAUCAGUGUGGCGUCGUCCAGCGACAGCAACGGAAACCUCUGGGAGGAUUCACACAGAGAACCAAUGACACUGCAGCAGUUUUGUGCUGAUGUCAAUAAAGUGAAGAACUGGGGCCAGCAGGCGUAUCUGGACUCCCGGAGGAAGCUCACGCCUUUAGGACCAGCCACUGCAGUGGCGGCAGCAGGCGUUCAUCCAAACACCAGUCAGGGUUUGGGAAUUAGAGAUCAUCUAAAGCAGUCUCUACAAGAAGCCCGGAAACAACCACACAUUCCUUCCUACCAGCAGAUCAACUGUGUGGACAGCAUCAUCAGAUAUCUGGAAAGCUGUGCGACGUCCGCUCUGAAACGAAAGAGCGCGUCUUUGUCCAUAGCUACGUCAUCUUCAUCCUCCAUGUCUGAGGAAGACAAACCUACAGCGGCCACGCAUGAAGACGCUGUGAACACAGAUGAGGGUGCGCUAGAGGGCGCCGGUGCUCUGGACAGUCAGGUGUCUGCGGGUUCAGCCACAACGGCAGCGGUGGUAGGAGCGCCGCUCACAGACAUCACCAUCUCCACAGAAGCCAUGAGUGUGGUGUCCGUCACCAGUCAGUGCAGUUACAGCAGCACCAUAGUGCACGUACCGCAGCCCGAGUCCGAGGUCACUGCUUUAGAAGAUGCUCCAAUGGGAAGUGAGCCAACAGACUCCGCCCCCACCCCUGCACGCCCCGCCCCCAGCACUUCCUCAGCGGCUCAGGAGGAGUUACUUGUGGUGGGUCUUACUAAAGAGGUGCUGUCGGCCCACACGCAGAAGGAGGAGCAGCAAUUUGUGGAUCGCUUCCGACAUCGUAUCCUGCAGAGUCCCUACAGCUCCUACCUCCAGCAGGACAACAGCAGCAUGGCUCAUUCUCAUCACAGAGCUGACGUUGUGCGUCCUCCAAACAAACACAAGCGUCCCAAACCAGAAGACUCCUCCGACAGCUACGGCUCCCAACCGGGCAACUACUGGUCGCUUCCCGGACCCACAGGAGCGCCUCAUUCCUCCUGGCCUUCCUCAGAGUCCUCUCAGCCCCCGCCAUCCAACAUCGGCUUUGUGCCGCCCAUGGCGGUGCCCGUGCAAACGGCCCCAUACUUCACUGUGGCCGGUGCGGAUCAGCAGCCCAUGAUGGUCCAGCCUGACCAAGGCGUCCAGAACCUCCAACCCAUGCAUCCAAUGACUCCCAUGAUGGUCGUCCUGCUUCCUAGCUACCCCAUGUACAACAAUGGCAUGUACCUGCAGGGGAUGCCCAUGCCGGCACCCGGAGUCGUUCCCCAGCCUCCUUUCAAUAUGGGCGGCUACGUCCCGCCUGGCACCCACACGCCGCACGGGUCUCCGCCGCAGGGUCUUCCUCCAGGUCCCAACGUCACAGGAGCUGCGAUGCCACCGGGUGCCUCGACGGAGGUCGAUUCGAUACCCACGCCUUGGUUCGGGGAGGAUCUUGAUGCUGCACAACCCACGGCGCUCUUCUCCAGCUCUCGCUCCAGCUCGCCCAUCCAGCUGAACUUACUCCAGGAGGAGCUGACCAAACCCAGCGAAGCCCAGAACAGCACCGGUCCAGAGAGUCUGCACGAGCACCACGCCAAAGCGGAGGACGCUCCCAGCGAGUCGGGGAACCAGGACGCCCAUUCUACCUCCAGCGAAAUGCUUGACCAGUUGCUACAGGAGGACGCCCGCUCAGGAACAGGCUCCAACGCCUCGGGCAGCGGCUCCGGAGAGUCUGGAGGCUCUCUGGGCUCUGGCUCUGGGUCGGGACUCGGUUCUAACAGGACGUCCACCAGCCAUACAGGCAGCAGCAACAGCAGCAAGUACUUCGCCAGCAACGAUUCGUCGGACACGUCGCGGAAAGCGCGCAAGACGGCGGAGGCGCAGGAAAGGGAGCGUACCACCUUCAAAAAGCACGUGGACAACCCGUUAUGGAGCAUGAUCAAGCAGACGCCGGAACCCGUCAUGAUGACGUAUCAGAUCAGCCCCAGGGAUCAGGCGCAGGUUCUUCAGGAAGACCGGGAGAAGCUGCUUCUGAUGCAGCCAAUGCAGCCCUGGUUCACACAGGACCAGAAGAAGGAGCUGGCCGAGGUUCAUCCCUGGAUCCAUCAGCACACUGUCCCACAGGAGAUCAACACACAGGGUUGUGUGAGUUGUAACACCAUGGAACCGGGUGAAGAACUGAAUCUCCAGACUGACUCUCCAAACCCUCCGACUCCUGACAGGUCCUCUCCGCAAGACUGUCCGCCACAGGACGCCAGACCCAACACAGACACCUGAUCGCAGGCGCUGCCGUACUUCCGACCUUCUGGGACUCAGUGAUUCCUCCGCUUUCAGCUGGGAAUCGCAGGAAGAGAGAGACGCCCGCAUCCGUGCGCCGGCCUCUCAUAAUUCCUCCUGAAUCACGAAACGAGGCGAGCCCUUUGCACUCGAUCAAACCGCGUCAGAGUGACUUCAGACACUCGCAGGAGACGGACAGUGAACGUUACAGUCCUUGGACCCAGAAAACUGUGAAUAUCAGACUAUGGUUUGGUAGUGACGUCACCAGUGUAGUUUGUAUUUUUUUUUUAGACUGUUGCCCAAAUGUUGUUGUGUUUUUUGUUUUUUUUUUAAUUAAGUUUCUUGUUAAUGAAUAAUGUGUCCUCUACUGAAUCUUGCAGGCUCAGGAGGGUUUAUGAUCCUGUAAUGAGUUUCCUGACCACUUGCGCAGAUAUAAAUGCGUAUAAAUGUCCCACAAUCCUGCAACGUCCUGUGCAGUUACUAAAUAACCUUAGCACUCACCACCAAAAUCUAGUAGUGUCUAUGACUGGAAAUGAAUGAAGUUUGGUCCAGAGCACAAAGAUCUUCAUUCGUUAUUGCGUUCAUCCAAUCGAAAUGAUCCAAAGUUGAAUGAGGCCUUAAAGUAGUUUUUCCGUCAGUGUGUUUCUUCAUUUUUCUGUUCUCAAUUUCAAGUAUUUUUCCACUAUACCUGUGACUGAAAGAUGUCAAGCAAUGUCUUACUAUGGUAUAAAACUCACAGUAAUGGUGUAUUCAUAAUAUACAGAUAUUUUUCUCUUGUUUCUGUUGGGUCGAUAAGUUGAUAGCAACAAAAAAUGUUUGUAUAUAUAUAUAUAUAUAUAUAUAUAUAUAUAUAUAUAUAUAUAUAUACAGGGUUCGUACAAACUGCUUAAAGUGCUUCUUGAAGUACUUGAAUUUGACUUUUUGAAAUGUAAGGCUGGAAAACCUUUAAUAUAGCAAUAUUCCUGAAGAAGUACUUGAAAAGUGCUUGAAUUGAAAGACAAUGUAUCUAUGAAAUAGGUGUUUAAUUGUUUUAUAUAUUUUUUCAUGCAAAAUUCAGGCAGUUCAAAAAAUAAAAUACUUUUUAUUGAAAUACUUAUUUCAGUUAAAAUUGUUAAAACAAAACUAGCUAAGCCAGUAGUAGUACUGACAAUGUCGUGUAAACAUGGCUGAAGACGUGAAGAGAGGAAUAGAUGAAACGGAGUCAUUUACGAUGGAACCGCUUCGAUUGAUUCAAACUUGUGACUUCGAUCAUUCAUUUCAAGUGAUUCACUAGCAAAAAACAGAUCAAAUUAAAAGUUAAAAUUAUUUUUUAAUUUCAGCAUCGCUUGUAACAGUUUUAAAAAGCACGUAGUGAUGAGUUUUUUGAAACUCCAAAUCAAAUAAACUAUUGUGUCACAAAGUGGAGCGCUCGCGUAUCACGGAUCAUUUGUUUCAUAUCGGGACUUUAGUUCGUGUAUCAUGAAUCAUUUGAUCUAGAUUGGGACUUCAAAGUGCGUAUCGCAAAUCAUUUGAUUUAGAUUGGAACAUUGGAGCAGGUUCGCAAAUCUUUUGCUUCAAUUCGAACUUUGGAGUGAGUUUGCGAAUCAUUUGAUUCAGAUCGGGACUUCAGAGCACGUAUUGCAAAUAAUUUGGGAAUUCAGAGUGGGUUCGCGAAUCAUUUGAUUUAGAUCAGAACUUUGGAAUGGGUUCGCAAAUCAUUUGAUUCAGUUCGGGACUUCAGAGCACGUAUCGCGAAUAAUUUGGGACUUCGGAGUGGGAUUGUGAAUCAUUUGAUUUAGAUCGGAACUUUGCAUGUAGUGAAUCAUUUGAUUCUGAUUGGGACUUCAGAUUGUGUAUUGCAAAUAAUUUGAUUUAGAUUGGAACUUUGGAGCAGGUUUGUGAAUCUUUUGCUUCACAUCGUAAGUUUGGAGUGUGGAAAGCAAAUCAUUUGAUUCAGAUUGGAGUUUAGGAGCAGGUUCGCAAAUCAUUUGAUUCAGUUCAGAUCAGGAUUUUGGAGUGGUUUCGUGUAUAUCUAUAUAUAUAUAUAUAUAUAUAUAUAUAUAUAUAUAUAUAUUUUAUUUUAUUUUAUUUUAUUUUUUUUUUUUUUUUGAUUUUUUUUUUAAAUAUUUAUUAGACAGUAGAAAACAUCAAACCAGUUACAAAUCCCUUACAAAAAAUUACCAUGGUUUUAAUUAGAAAGAAAAGACAUUGUUUGAUAAGUGAGAUCUCUGAUUGAAGUGUUUAAAAAUCAAAAUAGUGCGUGAAAAGUCCUUGAAAAUCCUGGUAUUUCAUUUUACAGUGUCUGUACGAACCCUGUAUAUGUAUACAUUUAUUUUAUUUUAUUUUAUUUUUUUAUUCAUUAUUUUGCGAUGAAAUUUGCUAUCAGUCUCAAAAUCUGAUAAAUUGACAAAAUGCAGACAUAGCAAUGCAAUCUUAAUGGUUCUUAAUUGUAUUUUAAUGUAUUUAUUAUUAUUACUUUUAUUAUUAAUAAUAGUAAUAAUAAUAAUGCAUUUUAUAUAAAAAAAAUAUUAAUAUUUAUCUUUUAUUUUCUGAUAUUUUUGGUGAAUUGUGACCUGAAGAAGAAUAUAAAAUACAGUCCAAUAACUGUCACUGGGGCAAUACCCUUUAAAAGCUACACCUUUGCACCUUAUUUACCACUACAGGGUCCAUAUUAGUACCUCAAAGGUACGUAUUAGUACCUAAAUGGUACAUAUUAAUACCUUUUGAAAAGGUACUGCCCCAGAGACAGUGUUUGUACCUUUAUUUCUGAGUUUAAAAAAUAUAAAACUUCUCAAAUCUAUCAUAAAGUACCCAAAAAUUGUACAAUUUUCAUCAAAUUUAUUUUUGUUAUCUUGUCUUUUUUUAUUUAUUGAUCUGUCGUGUUCAGAAAGUUGUGUGUCAGAGUUGACGUGUGUCA